AUGGGCCGUCUCUCCUCCCAGAGGCUUAUCAAACUUCAUGCCCUGUUCCAAUUUGCCCUGGCCGUAUCUCUCACAUGGACGCCCGAGGUCAUCACCGACUCCGGUCUCGUUUAUUCCGCUCACGGCGAGCUGAGAGUCUCUGACAUCCCUCCAUUUACCCCUCCUCGCUCCCCCUUCGCAUACUGCGGCGUCCUCCUCCUCGUUUUCGCCCUCGUCGACCUCACUCUGGCUGUCAAGCUACCGGCUCUGAACCAUAUCCUGACGAUUGCACGCUGCAUCCGCCGUGACGGUCUCCAGCCCCACGACCGAGAAGGAGAGCCCUCCAAUGUCGCGGCCGCGGCCCUCGAGAUCGCCACAGAAUUCUCAACCCUCUACCGACACCUAUGCAUGCUGCUUAACCUCCUACGCCUCUGGAUCUUUCUCAUUGUGUCCCUAAAGGUUUAUUCUUCUCCCGAAAGCGUGUGGUUUGGGAGAGUUGGGCCUGCUGUGUCCAACACUGUGGGUGGUAAUGUCGCUAUUUCCGCCACGGCGCAUAUGACUAUGGUGGAGGAAUUAAAGGGGAAGAUAGUGAUGGGCUACGGAGUCAUGGAGAUAUUAUUUUCUUGCUGGGUGAGGAUAAUACUUCAAUCCUUCAUUUUUCUCAAUUCUAAUGACCCCGCCAGCUCCUCAUGGCUCUCCAUGAUGAACAGCGUGCGACAGAAUACAGUCUUCGAUCACUGGAUUCGGGGCUCCUAUGAUUAUGGCCAACGUCGCGUAAAGUCGUGGGCCGUUUGGGUUUAUACUUGA